AUGGUUCGCCAUAGCUACUACUGCGCCGAGGACGAAAUAUCGAAAGAGCUUCUACCGAACAGUGGUAAAUCAGCAGGACCACGGCUGUGCUAUGUCUUUAACGAAGGCGUCACGACUGCUAUCCAAAAGUCGGACGCGAAGAAGGAAGCCAUUCUUCUCAGCGGGCUUGCCCAUGACCGGCAACGAAUACCGUAA